CUGCAUAUGAAUAUAGAUACGUGUGGCUUUGGGUGCAAAGAUCUAUACUCAAAAAGCUGGCGUUCUUGCUGAAAUCAGCGACCAUGGGCAUUGUUUCAACAACUCCAUCUUUUCCUCUCUUUCCCAUUCUCAUGUGGUCAUGCUUCUUCAUCUUCAUCUGCCAUAAGCUCUUUCCCAAGAUCAUCCCUCGCUCAAUCUUGUUCAAUUACAUAAUUCCAACCGCUGCCCAUUUGUCACGGGCAUGGGAUUUCUUGCUUCACUACUCUCUCUUUCCUAAUUCUCAUCACAAUAUGAGUGUGCUGGAAAAUGGUGACCCGGGACUAAGCCUAGGGCUCUACAAACCCAAGCCGGGGUCGAAGGAGGUGGUAGAGUGUGCAGUGUGCCUAUGCACGAUAGAAGAAGGAGAAGAGAUAAGAGAGUUGAGGUGUGGUCAUAUGUUUCACAGAGAUUGCCUGGACAGAUGGGUUGGACAUAGAAAUGGCACAUGUCCCUUGUGUCGCGGUUGCCUUGCUCCUCCAAGAAUGGUGAAUGACGUGGGAGAGGAAGUAAUAGUUUUCAGGUAUUGUUCAUUCAGUUCCAGGACUCGGUCUAUGUGGUGGCUGCGCUGAAUUCAUCGCCCAUGACAAGAAACAAUGCAAGAUUUUUAAAGUCUUGUAGCAUGGUGGUGAGAUGAGAAGUCUUUGUAAAAUAGUUGUAGCACUGAAUAUUGUACAGGUGUACUAGUGUACUGUGUUGUUGAUGCACCUUGUAGCCUCUCCUCUGUGAGGAAUAUGAGGACUGAUGAAGAGCUAUACUGCAAAUUAAGCCAAUGAAAGGUGAUGAAUUAAAUUCAGUCGUUUUUUUUC